AUGGCAAGCCCAUUUAACCCUUUUGCGGCCCCGGCUCGUGGCCAGAGGGGAGGCGCGCAAGGCUCAACGGGGCGUGGGAGAGGAACAACAGCCGGCUUUGGAUCGACAAAUGCGCCGAGGGGGUCAGGCGCACCACGCGCAGGGCGGGCCCGCGGACGUGGAAGAGGGUCGGCGACAUGGAUUGCUCCUGGGCGUGGACGUGGACGUGGGCGUGGGACUGCGAAUGGCGCUGUAAAUGGGACGACGCAUCAGAGCGCGGAAGGAACUCAACCUAACGGAGUGCACUCGCCUUUUGCGCAACCGAGCCAGCAGAGUCAAGUCGCAUCGCCUUUCGGAACGCAGCCCGCCCAAGAUUCUCCAUUCUCCAGAACGCCAAACGGAACUCCACCUUUAUCCUCUACCAAUCCCUCAUUGCAACCUCCCUCCGUCAACCCCUUUCAACAUCCCACUACCAAUAAUCCUUUUGCUCAGCAAUCUUCCAACAUGGCUUCCCCCGCCCCAUCAGGUUUCGCCGGUGGGGCGCAACAAGACCCCCCGGUCCCUAUCGAGCACGCUUCGGCUAUGAAUAUGUACCAAGAAAGAUAUGAUCAACUCAAAAUCGAUCGCGCUGCUCAGCGCCAGCAAGCAAUCAAAGCUGGGCAGAUGGCGGAUCCCAACCAACCGACCUCUUUGAACCAGGCAAUCACACCCGUGGGCACAUGUACUAGCAUGUGUCCCGAGUUCGAGAGCGUGGAACGUAUUGUGCAGAAGAUGGUCGACAAGUGCGAAAAGUAUUUGCAUCCAUCAACGGGCGAAUUGCAGAACAUGGAAACCAAGAUGCUUAAACGCUUCCGACGUUCCGCAGCUGGAUAUGACGAGCAAUUGCCUUCUGAUAUCCGGACUCCAAACACGCUUCUGCAGACCAUGAAUUACCUCAUGCGUUAUGUCAUUGAGGGCAAUGAACCUUUAGCAAUUAUCCACAAGUUUGUCUGGGACCGGACACGCUCGAUUCGAAAUGACUUCUCGGUGCAGCAACUCACACAGGAAGCCGACGUAAAGGUUGCCGUGACAUGUUUAGAGCGAAUCGCGCGGUUUCAUAUUGUCUCUUUGCAUCUUCUUUCAAGUCCUGCGAACACAGAGCCAUUCGAUCACCAUCAAGAGCGCGAACAACUCAACAAUACCAUGCUGUCCCUCAUGUACUACUAUGACGACAACAGAGGUCGGAUCACCUUCGCUAACGAGCCCGAGUUCCGCGCAUAUUACAUUUUGUUCUCGAUUCACGACCAGCGACCAGAUCUUGAAGCCCGUGUUCAGAAGUGGCCCGCCGAUCUUCUUGCCUCUGACCGGGUGCAGGUGGCUUUGGAGCUCUUCGCUGCCGCAGGCAACACAUGGGAAUCUCAAGGCGCGCUAGAUGCCCGCCGGCCAAACGCUAUCGCCCAAGGAUUCUACACUCGUUUCUUCAACAUCAUCAACUCUUCGAGUGUGUCUUACCUGAUGGCUUGUGUCGCCGAGGUCUACUUCAACCACAUUCGCCAAACCGCAAUUCGCUCGAUUUGGAAAGCCUACUGCCGAACCCCUCAGUCUCAGCAGGCCAAGAAUGACCAGUGGACUCUCGAGGAGCUGACGAAGGUUUUGCAUUUCGAUGAUGAUCAGCAGACAAUCGAUUUCUGUGCUGCCCAGGAUUUGCGCUUCGCUGAAAAUGGACAAGGCAGUCUCUAUCUUGACUGGGGUGAUCGUCACGUUGACUCUAUCUUAUUUGCACCAUCGUCUGAUCAUUCAUUCUCCGAAACUUAUGUGGAAUCCAAGCGUGCCGGACGCAGCCUUGUCGCCAUCAUCCUUGGAAUGUCCAUCCGUCAAGCCGCCGCAAUGAGUAUGAUCGAUGACAGCCUAGUGCCUGCACGAAAUGCGAAAUCGGUCAAGGAUAAUUCUAGUGAUGAAGAUCUCUUUGUGAGUGACGUUGGGAACCAAACUCCGGCACCUGUGGUUGAACCAGUCGUCUUUGACCCGUUGCCCCAGGCUGAGCCUGCUACGAAUCAAAAUGUAUUUGCCAAACCUGAUCAGCCAGCACCAACGAGCUUCUCUUCGCCUUUCCAGGGAUUUGGCGGCAGCUCUCAGCCCGACGGCAUGUUCUCUGCUCCACCCGCCGACGACAAACCUAGCAACCCCUUCUUUAAACCACCUACCGAUUCUGCUGCCGUUCAGCCGCCAUCCGCCCCCUCGCCGCAACCUAAUCCAUUCGCAAAGCCACUGGAAGCCAAGAAGGCAGAAACUGCUCCUGUCACUGCGGGCGUGGCAUCUUCGCCGUUUAAUACGCUCUUCCAGCCUCAACCUGCAACUGGGGCAACCCAACCAUCCAUCUUCUCAUCCGCUCCAUCCACCUCAAGCCCCUUCGCUCAAACCCAAUCCCCAUUCCCUCAGAAGGAGACACCCAAGCCAGCUGCAGCUGGGACGUCCACGCUGUUUUCAUCUAGCAGUCCCAAUUUUGCAUCAUCGACUUCCACAAAUCCCCCAACUGUGGCUCCGACCUCCAGCCCUGCAACAUCUUCUGGCGCAAACUUUUUCACCUCUUCCUCGCCGUUUUCAUUUGCGAGUCCAUCACAGAAAGCGGAAACCCCUGCGGCGCCUAAACCAGCAAGCUCUUCGCCUUUCCAACUAAGCAGUCAGUCUUCUGCCCCUACGGCUUCCACGCUCUUCCAGCCGAUUAGUACCACCCCCGCUCCUUCGACCGCUAAGAACCCCUUCGAAGGCCGUGGGUCUUUCGGUUCGGGUGCCCCCGCUACAUCUACUGCUUUAUCUAAGGCACCCGAAACAAGCCAGGCGGCUGAGCCAACUGCAGCGAUCACUCCUGCACCAUCUACUUCUCCCAAGCCUGAAAAUGCCUCUCAAGAUUCAUCAGUUACAUCCAAGAACUUGUUCGGCUUUUCACAGGAGCCUUCGCCCGCUGUGGCUCCUGCAACUUCGACGCUUUUCGAUGCCCCGUCGAAGUCUUCAUCUCCGUUCUCCUUCACUACACUCCCUAAGCCUACUGAACAGCCAAACGAAAGCAACGCUGGGGAAAAGAAAGCCGAACCCUUCUCAUUUAAACCCGCCGAAAAUCCAUUCUCGUCGAUGUUUGCGCCGCCUAAGGCACAGCAACCGAGCUUGGAACCCGAGUCCUCUCCCACUACUGCACCAACACCCGAGAAACAGCCCUCUAUUUUCUCUCACCCAGCAGCCGCUGAGGCAAAGGAAAAGAAGGAGCCAUUUUCAUUCACAUCCGCCAGCAGUCCAUUCCAAGUGAAAGACUCUCCCUCAGCAGCCGCCGAGGUACAGGGGAAAAAGGAACCAUUCUCGUUCACACCGGCUAGCAGUGCAUUCCAAGUGAAGGAUUCUCCCUCAGCAGCUGCGGAGGUACAGGAAAAGAAGGAGCCAUUCUCUUUCUCCUCGGCCAGUAGUCCAUUCCAAGUGAAUGAUUCUCCAUUUGCACCCCCCAAAUCCCAAGAGCCUAGUCAGAAAGCUGAUAACCCGAUCUCCGUUGCGUCGAAACCCGAGGAGCAGCCCGUCGUCCCCACCCUUCCACCAAUUGUGCAUAAAUCGACCGAAGCAUGGGGAUUCAGAAGCUCUGCGCCUGGUAAGGUUCAGGCUCCAUUGUCAUCUGAAGAAUUGGGCUCUGAAUCAGCGCUUCAGCCAGCCAGCCAAUCUGUUUCAAGCAAUCGGCACCCGGCUCAUUCGCCGCCUCGGACUCUUUUCGAGGCCCUCAGACAACCAAAGAUCUUCGACGCCAAGUCGUCUACCUAUGCCCCCUUCGAUACUACUGCCACCCACGCGCCUUUGUUCCGAGACACAAGUCUUGAAUUGGAAUCAAGUUCUCAAAGCUCAUUGAAGCGCCAUCACGGCGCCUCUGAUUCCGAUGUACCCCGUGAGCACAAGAGGCGGUCGUCAUUGAAGGGAAAGUCUACCACUGCCACGUCCGAGGGCUCAUUGAGACGUUCCGUUCAUUUCGAAGAACCGUCCGUCGCUGGGUCAGCUUCUUCAAAGAAGUCAUCGACUUCUUUGGGGCACAAAUCAUCCCAGAAUCCCCAGAAGAAGCGACAAAUUGACGAACGGACUGACAUCGCUCAAGAGCAAGGCCCAAGCUCUAAAGUCUCCAAGGUCUCCCCUCCGGAAGAGCACACCCCAUUCAGCUUCUCCGUGUACAAGGCCGAAAACCGACCCAUCCCCAAGCUCCCGAUAUUGGAAAAACUCGAAAAGAAAUUGGCAGAAGCAAAGGCUCUGUGCGAACCCAAGCCCCUGACAGAAGAGGAGCUCCAGCAAAUCGAGGAAGCCCGACUACGCCGCGCCCGCCAAGUCGACGAAGAUGAAAUCGCCCUUUCCCGCGCCCGAAUCCUAGCCGAGCAACUCAAGAAUGGCCCUGGUAUCUUCGACGGCUUCGUCGGACCCUACCGCCAACCCUGGGAUGACCCAGACUGGGAUCCCCUUGGCCCCAUAGUUGAAAAGUAUCGAUCCCAAAUCCCCAAUGACCCACCCUAUGUGUCACCAAAGCUAAUCUUGACCCGCACUCCCAGUGGCCGACACCAGGUCGCCUACGCGCCUGAUACCCCGGGUCGACCCAUGUCGCGCACCGAGCGGCGCAUCCGACACACCGGCGCCCGUGGCCUGGCCAGCGUCCCGCUGGACUUUCAGCGCCGGAGAGCGGCAUCGAGGGCCCAGGCCCCGGCUCAGCACAAGGAGGUGACUGGGCGGAAGGACAUUGAUGCGAAGGGGGAUCCCUCGCGCAGCAUUUAA